AACCACCACAAACCACCACCUCCAACUCCUCCGCCACUAGCCCUCGGCGGACAAAGCUCGAAUCAUCAGCUGUUUUCGGCAACUAAAUUUUCAUAAUUACUACGAAAUAAUCUACUCUAUAAAACCAUAAAAUCAUGAUUCACUUUGUGCUUCUAAUUAGCCGACAAGGAAAAGUGAGGUUGACAAAGUGGUAUUCACCUUAUCCCCAGAAGGAAAGAACUAAGGUUAUCCGGGAGCUUAGUGGUUUAAUUCUCACUCGAGGUCCCAAGCUUUGUAACUUUGUGGAAUGGAGGGGAUUCAAGGUCGUUUAUAGAAGAUAUGCCAGCCUUUAUUUCUGCAUGUGCAUCAACCAGGAUGACAAUGAAUUGGAAAUCCUUGAAAUCAUUCACCAUUAUGUUGAGAUUCUAGAUCGUUAUUUUGGAAGUGUUUGUGAGCUAGAUUUGAUCUUCAACUUCCACAAGGCUUAUUACAUUUUGGAUGAACUACUGAUUGCUGGUGAGCUUCAAGAAUCUAGCAAGAAAACUGUAGCACGUCAUAUAGCUGCACAGGAUUCUUUGGUGGAGACUGCCAAAGAACAGGCAAGUUCUUUGAGUAACAUAAUCGCUGAGGCAACAAAAUGAGAGCCUCAUAGACAUGUGAGCGUUUAGAGGCUCAAAUUCAGCAUCUUGUAUGAUCUCUGGCACUCACUGGCUUGGCAGUUUUACUGGUCUGCAAUUCAAUUUUAAGGAAUAUUACAUCUUACUCCGGGCAAUAUGGAAUGUGGAGUUUUAUGCUUUGUCUAUUUUACCUAUAGCAGAUCUUAAUUGAUUUUUUGAUUAUUUAUUUAUUUAGACCGGCGAGGAAUGUUAUACAGUACGCUUGGUGACCUGUAUGAUGUUAUACAGUACUCUUUGGUUUUUUUUUUUU